AUGUUGCAUUUAUUUUUGGUGACAGGAUACCCACGGUCGGACUUCUUGAUCAACUCUGCAACUGCUAAUCCUGUCAUUGUGAUUCCCAAACAGGGAUCUGACCUCAAUAUUCCACAUCCUCGUCUAUUUAACUGCAUGAAAGCAUUCCUUCGGGAUGAGAUGCUCAAGCCAAUGGUGGAGCAUAUGGAUACCCAUCCGGAAGGCAUGCACCCUGUACUCAAAAGGCUUGGCAGUGCCAUGGCCAUCGCAAAAUUCCAGUUGCAGCUUGAUGCAUAUUGGUGGGAGAAGGCCCCCUUUGACAGGGCCAAGCCCAUCCAAGAUGGUGAUGUUCUGGGCUGGUGGUGGCAAUUCACAAACAAUCCAGAAGCAGACAUUCUUGCAAUGCUUGCUGAGAAAGUCUUCUCCAUUCUCGUGAACUCAAUGCUGGAUGAGCGGACCAGUUCAAGAUUCACUUGGUUCAAUUCAGCACUGCGGGGACACCUGUGCGCACAGUUGCUCAUGGAUAUGACUGUUAUUGGACAAUGGUAUGGCACCCAUGUGACCGAAGACAAAGUGCCAAAAAAGCGCCCGACCAUCAAGUUCCGCAAUCUUGAAGACAAUCUCAAGGCUGCGUCUCUCGUUCAUCACCCGAGGGCACUACUGACAUGGCGGACACUGCCACCUUUACCUUGGAUGGCUCUGAUUCUGAUGACAACCCAGACAACUCGGACCAUGACACAGAUGGCCGACAGAGAAGACCCCCGUGCCGGGCUUCUGCACUCAAUAUCAUGCAGGAGUUUGCAAUCUGUGAGGAGGCCUUCGUGGAUCUGCUAUCUGAUACUCCAAGUGGCUGACAAUGCAGAGCCCAAGAGGACCUUAAUAAAGUCACCAACCUGGGGGUCCUGGGGCAUCUACAGCAAUAUAGACAAUGCAAGGGAGGUGGAGGUGGAAUGUGAUGAUGUAGGGGUCUCAGAGUGGGAGAAUACAAGAUGGAAUGGAGGUGACAUCCAUGGGCUGAACAUGGGGAUGGAGGUGGAGGUGGAGGUGGUAGGGAUAGAGUGUGGGAAGGUUGAGGGUAAUAGCAGGGGCAGGAUGAUCUGA